AUGAUCUUCAACAAGAGCGUCAUUGCCACUGCCGCGCUGUGCCUCGGGUUCGCCCUCCAGGCGCACGCGCACGCAGCGAUCUCGCCCGCCCUCGGCGUCAAGGGCACCCCCGUGCGGAACGACGCGCAGCGCCCGCAGAAGAACAGCGAGUGCGGGAACAUCGACAUCGCGAAGAACUUCGACUCCUCCACCGCGAUCCAGGCGGCUGCGAACGGCUCGUUCGUCGCCACUAUCACCAACUUCAACGGAGGGAUCGACGGGUCGCGGCAGGCGACUGCCCUCGUCGACCCUACCGGCACGGGCAAGUCGUUCGUCUCUGCCGACGUCCUGCAGAACGGGGACAAGAACCCGAACGACAACGGCUCCCAGCAGCUCGUCGUGCAGCUCCCUGCGGGCAGCACGUGCGCCGGC